AUGGUUUUCCAGACCCCACCCAUGACCACCCCGGAGUACUGCACCGCAGACUUCUCGCUUAUCCCCAUCGGCUCCAAAGACGUCUCCUUCUCCAAGCAAGUCGCCGAGAUCCAGCGUUUGAUCCAGAACACCGGCCUCAAGUCCCAGAUGCAUGCCACCGGCACCACCAUGGAGGGAACAUGGGACCAGGUAUCGCAGACCAUCGGAUGCGCUCACACCAUGAUCCAUAACGAGGGGGUGGGCAGGAUCCAGACGGAUAUCCGCAUCGCAACACGUGAGACACAGUCGUUAACAGCAAGCGUGACGGACUAUCCUAUGGAACAUGGAAGACGAUACCAUAAAUAUCAUGAAGGCUCAUACUUGUACCCGAACGAUGAACAGGAACUGGAUCGAAUGGAUAUGCAACACCACAUGCUCAGACUAGUCAACCACGGGCGCUUGUACUUCGCGCCUGUCCAACGCCCAAAACGGAUCCUCGACAUUGGUACUGGUUCUGGUAUAUGGGCUAUCGAGAUUGCAUCCGACUUCCCAGAAGCCGAGAUCACAGGAACCGACCUGUCUCCUGUUCAGCCGCUUGAAGUCCCCGAGAAUGUCCACUUUCUCGUCGACGACGCCACGGAGGAGGACUGGCUGUGGGACCCGGAUCACUUCGACUUCAUUCACACGGGACAUCUGAUAGGAUCUCUACCGUCGUACAAGGACCUGCUGAAGAAAGCACACAAGCACCUCAAGCCGGGCGGCUAUGUGGAAUGCCACGAGUUCGACUCCCGACUCAAAUGUGAUGACGGUACGAUGCCUCCUGAGGACCCCGACAAGUUCAGCGACUAUGCCCUCCAAGAUCUCAUGGACCUGCACUACCGCUCUGGCCAGGUCUCGGACCCGCCCCGACAGUUCCGAGUGGCCCAUCGCCUCGCACGCUGGAUGCGAGAAGUCGGAUUCGAAGACGUGCAGGAACAUCGGUCCAUGGUCCCUGUGAAUCCAUGGUCAUCCGAUACACACCUAAUGAAGAUCGGGACCUGGAGCGAGACAAACCUGCUGGAAGCGGUCGCGGGAUGGUCUUACAAGCCGCUCACCAUACUGGGGUGGUCGAAGCCCGAGAUCGAAGUAUUCCUGGUUGAUGUUCGGAAAAGCAUCCAGAACCGCAACGUCCACGCCUACUACGAGUUCUAUGCGGUGACAGGCAGAAAACCACUCGCUGGCUGA